AGAAGGUAGGGGCGGGCUCAAAUUGGAGUGGACGCCAUCUCGGGCUUUUGGUGACACUGAAGAGAUUCUGGCAGUCAGCUAAAAUCUAAUUACAUUGCACAAACAACCGAUUAUUGUGGUCAUCUGAGGUUUGGAUAAACUUGGAGACGGGUUGAAGCUAAGCAUUAUGGCUAGCUAAACAGCGGGCCAGCACUUCAAAGUUAGCAAAGUCCUCCUGGUGUUUUGUUUACUAAACAACUUUGGAGCCUUCUAUGCUAAGGCCAAAUUUAAAGGAAUAACUGCUUGGAUGUCAUUUUAUGCUGAGAAAGAGACUUUUCUUUGACAUUUUCUGUCUCACAACGAACAAUUGUUGGAAGUUGCUGAAAACAUUGAAUACGCUUUUGGAUAAUUGUAGCUUCAAGAGGAAAGGACAAUCUGAGAUUUCUGUGGACUCAGCUCAUCCGCAGACUGUUAGUAACUCCUACUUGAGCAUAAACAUUGAACUACGCAGACAUGAGUGUUGCCAGAACAGAGAACCCAGUCAUUCUGGGCUUGUCCAGCCAAAAUGGCCAACUUAGAGGCUCAGUGAAGCCUGCUGGAGCACCAGGUGGCAACGUCCCCACGCAGCAGCUACAUCAAAUGAAAGGCACAAUAAAUAACGGUGGCUCCCAACUAGCCCCGUCAGCAAACGCGGUCAUCAAGCCUGGAGAUGACUGGAAGAGAAGUUUGAAAUUGCCUCCAAAAGACAUGCGUAUGAAAACUUCGGAUGUGACUGCAACGAAAGGUAAUGAAUUUGAAGACUAUUGUCUAAAGAGGGAGCUUCUCAUGGGAAUCUUCGAGAUGGGCUGGGAGAAGCCAUCUCCAAUCCAGGAGGAAAGCAUUCCCAUUGCACUGUCAGGAAGGGACAUUUUGGCCAGAGCCAAGAAUGGCACGGGAAAGAGUGGAGCCUACCUCAUUCCCUUACUUGAACGUAUUGACCUGAAGAAAGACAGCAUACAAGCAUUGGUAAUCGUACCCACCAGAGAAUUGGCUCUACAAGUGAGUCAAAUUUGUAUCCAGGUCAGCAAACACAUGGGUGGUGUCAAAGUAAUGGCCACCACAGGUGGAACCAAUCUUCGUGAUGACAUCAUGAGACUCGAUGAAACUGUACAUGUGGUCAUUGCUACUCCCGGCAGAAUUUUAGACCUUAUCAAAAAAGGAGUCGCCAAAGUUAAUCAAGUACAGAUGAUUGUUCUGGAUGAGGCGGACAAACUCCUCUCUCAGGACUUUGUGGCUAUGAUGGAGGAGAUACUGGGCUUCCUUCCAAAACAGAGGCAGAUUUUGCUUUAUUCUGCAACUUUCCCUCUUAGUGUGCAGAAGUUUAUGAAUGCACACUUGCAGAAGCCCUAUGAGAUAAACCUAAUGGAAGAGCUGACAUUGAAGGGUGUGACUCAGUAUUAUGCAUAUGUAACUGAAAGGCAAAAAGUCCACUGCCUUAAUACUUUGUUCUCCAGGCUCCAGAUCAAUCAGUCCAUAAUCUUCUGCAACUCCUCUCAGAGAGUGGAGCUACUGGCCAAGAAGAUCUCCCAGCUUGGUUAUUCAUGCUUCUAUAUCCAUGCCAAAAUGAGACAGGAGCAUCGCAACCGUGUUUUCCAUGACUUCAGAAAUGGCCUGUGCCGGAACCUCGUCUGCACUGAUCUCUUCACAAGAGGAAUUGACAUUCAAGCUGUGAAUGUUGUGAUCAAUUUUGACUUUCCCAAACUGGGGGAAACGUACCUUCAUCGCAUUGGUCGUUCUGGUCGCUUUGGACAUUUGGGUCUCGCUAUCAACCUCAUCACUUACGACGAUCGCUUCAACCUAAAAGGGAUUGAGGAGCAACUUGGAACAGAGAUCAAGCCCAUCCCCGGCAUCAUUGAUAAGAGCCUGUAUGUGGCAGAGUAUCACAGUGAGAGUGGAGAAGUGAAGCAGUGAAUCAAUCGGUUCAUCCUCUAUUCUCCUUUGUAACAUUUUUCAUCCCACCUUGAACUCCCCCACCCCCGUGUAGUUUUUUUUUUCUCCCCCACACCCCCUGACGCCACCAUAAGGAACGUUUUGUUUGGAAAUGUUCGGGAACUCCUCUGCCUCUUCACAUGGAUCAGUGCUGCAGCGCCACAUUCUGAAGACACGAGCACUGGGAGGAAAGUAUGGGACCAAGCUGACAAAAUGUUGGUGCACUUCUUGAUGACUCAUACCCACCUGUGACAGAAGGAAAAAAAAAAGAGCCAGCACCAACAGCACCCCCCCCCCCCCCCCCCCCCCACACACACACACACGUUACAUCCUCCACUCUGCCCUUUUUAUUUUCUCCAUGUUAAAGAUUUGUAUCAAGUGCCUUAACAAGCCGUUCUUGUUCUAAAGUAAUAACAUUCAUCGUCAUUUUCUGUCAUCGUAACUCACUUCCUAUCACAUAAAUCACAUUCACUUGUUUAAAAAUGUCACAGUGAUUUAACGACUGAUCAGAGGUGAAUUUAUAAUUAUUUGUUUGGGUCAUGUAUUUGUGGUGACUGGUGUUUAUUGGGGGGGCAGGUAGUCCUUUUAUUUGUGCUGGCUUAGCUGCACUCAAGUUUAACCCAUGAGGACAAGCUUUGACUUUCCAUGGACAGAAAUGCUGGAUUUUUCUUUUUCUCUCCUCAUGAUGCAGCCAGAUUGUCCAGUUGCUUGUGAAGAAGCUUUUGCUACUAAAAGACUUUCCAUCUUCAGAAUCUGGACACUAAACACAAAUGAGCACUCUGCGGACUCCCGGCACCAUCAGUGAGGAUUCCCGUUUGGAUGGACAGUAAAUGGUGUGAAAGUUUUUUUUUUUGUUUUUUUUUUCCCCCCUGCAUCCAUCUUCCUAUAUGGAUGGCCAUAAUUAAUUGUGAGAAAUGCAGCUGCCAUGUCUGUGUGCUGCGCGUCCUGUGUAUAUACACCAUUUUAAGAUUUUUUUUUUAAAACGAGUGUAAAAGGCUGGCUGACACCCCCCCAUACAUUGGCACAGAAGACUGGAAACCUCUGUUUGGUCUAACUUUGGCCUAUGAAUUUAUUUAUAAUUUUAGACAUUCAAAGUUUUCUGCAAUCCUUAAAAAAAAAAAAACCGCAAUGGCUGUGUGCAAAUGCUUGUGGAAGUUAAUAAUCAGUUUAAAGCUCCUAAAUUUGAUGGCAAGUGCAGUUAAAGUUGCACUUAAGCAGGGAUAGUUUUUGUUUUUAACAUCUUUGCCUUUGUGCUGAUUAUUUCAAUUUCCACUAACUACUUUAAGUUUUUACGCAAUUUUUGUUGUCUCCAGCCUUUACUUGUUUAAAAAAAAACCUGACUCCUCAGACCCUCUGUGUGGUCUCCAGUGACAUGUGAAGAGACUGUGAUCUAUCAUGUAGUAUGACUUGCUGCAGUGCAGCCGAAUUGGCAGAGAAUUUAUUUCCUGGGGGAGCAAUUAGCUGUUACGAUGACCUGUGUGCUGAUUGAGCACAGCUACAUGACUUCACAAAUGUUUGAAAAGCUGCAUUUUGUCCCCCCCCCCCCUUGGUGAACAUUGGCUGAAGCAUCAAAGUGAACAAUCUGACAUAAAAUGUAGCAGGACUCGUUCUCUGUGCAAUGCAAGUUAGCUGUUUUAUUUUUAAAGUAAAACCAGCUAACACAAAGAAGCUUUGUUAAGCACAACUUGAGGAGGUUGAGCUGCACUUCUGCACAGAGGUCGGUUCAUGCAAUAACGCUGACUGCGCUGCUGGUUUCUAUGGGGUGCAGUGCAAAACCUGAGGGGGGAGUUGAUAUGAAGGACUAGAAGACUUUAGUGGGACUGCUUGUUUAAAAAAAACUAACUGCUCAGUAUGCAGCUUAUUUCUUUGCCCUUUGUUGCUUUAAUAUGUUGGGGUUUGGUAUUUUUAUGCACCAUAACCUUGUUUUGCAUCAUAUUUCUGUGAGCAUUUGUUCAGCAAAGAUCUUUGUUGCAAACAAGGUUCCCUUUAAUACAGCGAGAUGCUCUUUUGACUGUUCUAAUCAAUGAGGAAGUGUUGCAUUUAAUUUCAGGUGUUUUAUCAAAGUGCGAAUAAGUUAUUUCCACUCAGAUUUCUCAUUGGUUAGGACCAUGACCACCUAUUUGCUCAGUUUUCUUGUCCCUAAAUACUUGAAUGUCUUCGAAUUUGGCUGUUGCGGGCGGGCAGGAGGGGUUCAUACUUAAAAUUCCAAAGUGAAAUGAAGCACUGAGCAAGCAGGGGUCUAAAAACAGACAUUUGGCAGCUGUCUGUAGCUUUGUGGUCCACUGGCAGUUGAUGCUAAAAUUGGAGUGGUCUAACCUGGAAGACGCAAGGUAUCUGCUUUUGAGGGGACUCUGCUUAACUGCCAGUGGGUGCCACUCAGAACCCUAAAGAUUGAGACAAGAGCAUCUUGCACUAGAUAUUGAGUGACAUUAAUUGGACAUGUAGGUUCAAAUUGUCUCAUUCUUUAAGGUUGUUUCUUUGGGGGUUAAAAAAAAGUGGGUGGUGAAAUUGGUCAUCCUGCUGCCCUGAUGCAGAUACUGAUCCUCUCCUGAUAUAUGUGACACAUUUAACAAGACACAGUUGGUGUGUAAAUGACUUGGCCUGUCCUGUCACUUAUCUCUCGAGUAGGAUGUUGGAAGUCCUUUUUUGGAUAUCUUGUGAAUCUGCUUCAGUACAAAGAUAUGGGGAGGGGCCUUUGGGUGUUCCAAAACAUGGUUACAUGAUCUAAAGAGCCAAAGUUCUGGCUAUGGGUACAGAAAUGUUUGGAAAUUUUGCCCAUGCAUUUUGUUUUUCAAAUAAAACGUUCAGUGGAGUACACACUAUUGAGAUGCUUUUAGUGAAGCAUUUAAAGCCUGAGUUAAGGGAUUUUGUUUUAUUUGAUUGAAAUUUGGUCAUUACUUAAUUGGGAGACUUUCAGUGAAACAAAUUUUACAGUGAACUGGAGUUUUGAGAAUGUCAAAAUGUAAUUGGACAAGUUCUGUUAAAAAUAAAUUUCACUGAAAUUUA